GAGGCCAACGAUUCCGGAUUUGGAAUCGCUGUCAGAGCGUGAAUCUCAAUAGAAGUCAGCGCCAUGGAGCCGCCACAUGGACUGUCGAAAUCCGCCCUCUUCACAGGACUCUGUGUCGUAUUAAUGUCAGCAGCCCUCUCGAACGCGCUCGAUAGCUAUGCCUGCAGCUAUUUGGAUGGGUACAGUGAUAGCUCUUGCUUGAACAACGCCAGUGCAGUCCGUGUGAUCAACUGCACAAAAAAAUACUGUGUGACGAUGCGCGUAGAACUAUUGCGCAACUCGAGCAAGGUGAUGUCCUUUCUGCGCGAUUGCCAGGACGAGCCGGUGAUGCUGUAUGGAAACAGGCCAGAUGAAACCACUCGCACUUAUUACACCUCCUGCCAAAAAAACCAAUGCAAUGGACACAAUGGACGGGUGAAGAACUCAACCAAUGGAAUUCACAAUGCCAUAGUUCCAGGGAAAAACGCUGGCCAGGGGUUGUCUUUCACUUCACUGCCUUUCCUCGUAUUCCUUAUGCCUGCACUUUGGCAAUUAGUGUUGGAAAUCGAAACACUCAUGAGAACAUGA